GUGGUCCAGGAGAACCGGUCUGGGAGGGAGGAAGGCGGCAAGAUGGUGUUGGAAAGCACUAUGGUUUGCGUGGACAACAGCGAGUAUAUGCGGAACGGGGACUUCCUACCCACCCGGCUACAGGCCCAGCAGGAUGCCGUCAACAUAGUCUGUCACUCCAAGACCCGUAGCAACCCUGAGAACAACGUGGGCCUCAUCACACUGGCCAAUGACUGUGAAGUGCUGACCACACUCACCCCUGACACCGGCCGCAUCCUGUCUAAGCUCCACACUGUCCAACCCAAGGGCAAGAUCACCUUCUGCACUGGCAUCCGCGUGGCCCAUCUGGCCCUGAAGCACCGACAGGGCAAGAAUCACAAGAUGCGAAUCAUUGCCUUUGUGGGAAGCCCCGUGGAGGACAAUGAGAAGGAUCUGGUGAAACUGGCUAAACGCCUCAAGAAGGAGAAAGUAAAUGUUGACAUUAUCAAUUUUGGGGAAGAGGAGGUGAACACAGAAAAGCUGACCGCCUUUGUAAACACAUUGAAUGGCAAAGAUGGAACCGGUUCUCAUCUGGUGACAGUGCCUCCUGGGCCCAGCUUGGCUGAUGCCCUCAUCAGUUCUCCGAUUCUGGCUGGGGAAGGCGGUGCCAUGCUGGGUCUUGGUGCCAGUGACUUUGAAUUUGGAGUGGAUCCCAGUGCUGAUCCUGAGCUGGCCUUGGCCCUUCGUGUUUCUAUGGAAGAGCAGCGGCAGCGGCAGGAGGAGGAGGCGCGGAGGGCAGCUGCCGCCUCUGCCGCUGAGGCCGGAAUCGCUACGACGGGGACUGAAGGUGAAAGAGACUCGGACGAUGCCCUGCUGAAGAUGACCAUCAGCCAGCAGGAGUUUGGCCGCACCGGGCUCCCUGACCUAAGCAGUAUGACCGAGGAAGAACAAAUUGCAUAUGCCAUGCAGAUGUCCCUCCAGGGCGCAGAAUUUGGCCAGGCAGAAUCAGCUGACAUUGACGCCAGUUCAGCCAUGGACACAUCUGAGCCCGCCAAGGAGGAGGAUGAUUAUGACGUGAUGCAGGACCCCGAGUUCCUUCAGAGUGUCCUGGAGAACCUUCCAGGCGUGGAUCCCAACAAUGAGGCCAUUCGAAAUGCCAUGGGCUCCCUGGCCUCCCAGGCCACCAAGGAUGGCAAGAAGGACAAGAAGGAGGAGGACAAGAAGUGAGACUGGAGGGAAAAGGGAGCUGAGCCUGUGCGGGGCCGAGUGGGGCGGGGUGGGAUAGAGAGUUAGAUGUGCUGUCUGUGACCACUGCAACCUAAAUAAAGCUUGGCAACAUUU